CAGAAACCGGGAACUACGGAAACAAGUGACCUGGUACCAAAUAACCCUAAAUGAGUUACAUGUGUCAUCUCCGCCCCCAUUGGCCGGGGACUGGGCAUGCAUCAUCCUCAAGAGGCCAUUGGCUGCGGCAGGUGUCCAUCGGGUGGUUUUGCCUCGGACAGUAAGCAUCUGUACUCUGUCCUCUGCAACUGUCAGCACUGCUGCUGCGAUGGGAAGUGGUGCAGCAGGGUGACCAUGUUCACUAGAGUGGGCUUUUCCCAGAGGCUGCAAUGGCAUUAACCUCAGCCGAACAGACAACAACAGGGUCCCAGCUGUGACAGAUCAUAUCCAGGAUGGGGACAAACAACCAGGAGACCAUCACCAUGGAAACAGAGAACAACAUCCCACCCACUGCUCAGCUGAGUGAUGACAGCACGGUGUGCGUGGUCUCUGUCAAGGGCCUAAAGGAGAACUGGCAGAAGUGGUCUGACGGGCACCGUGAGUACCAGAAGCACAACCCCUUCAGUCAUGACACCAGGCCCGUGGCCACGAUCCCUCAGCGGGGACAGGACGGCUACGGGAGGCCCCUGCAGGGCUCCAUGACGGAGCAGCGGGGCAAGGAUGCUCACACACACAUCAGCCGGGAGGUUCAGGAGCUGUGUGAGGUGAUAAAGAACAUCGGAGAGCUUAGCAGCGGAGGUGGAGAUGGAGAUGGUGACAGCGGGGAAGUGAUCACUGUAGAGUUUGGGAAACUGUUUGAGCAUUAUGUGACUAUUUCUAAUAAAGUAGUGGGGAUUCUGCUGCGGGCCAGGAAGCAGGGCCUGGUUCAGUUUGAGGGGGAGAUGCUCUGGCAGGGGCAGGACGACCACGUUAUCAUCACUCUGUUGCAGUGACCAGAGAGGACCCUUGUUGAUGCCUUGACUUAUGUUGUGUCCAGGGCCAGGUACAGCCUUACAGCAGAGCUCAGUCCAAAGUCAACAGAUGGCAUUGAGGAUCGCACUUUUUACACUUUAUUCACAGAACAACACCUUUGAUUAAACAAAUGAAGCAUUUUCACUUCCCCUCAUGGGUUAAAAACCAAGACUCUGUCCAAUGAAACCCCCCAUAUCACUUUGCCUCAGUGGCUCAAUUUUGCAUGUUAAGGACACUGGAAGCAAGGUCACUGAAAAAAAAAAACGACACCAUGAUGUCAAUUGGAGGAUGCAGUUGCUCAUUUGUUU